AUGCUGAGUGUGCUUCGGUUGCACCUUCCAUCGGACAUUCCGAUCGUAGGGUGCGAGCUGACGCCCUACGUGAUCUUGAAGCGGACCGACAAGUCUGUCAUCACUGAGGAUGUAAACGAGUUCAAUCCCCUUGAUGGCCAGUUCUUAAAAUACAGAUGGUAUCGCGUACAAAGUGAUAAAAAGGUUGCAGUCUGUAGUGUACACCCAUCGGAACAAGCUACAUUACAGUGUAUUGGAUGCGUUAAAGCCAAAAUACCGGUUUCUAAAAGUUACCAUUGCUCGUCCAAGUGUUUUUCAGAUGCAUGGCAACAUCAUCGUCUCCUUCAUGAGCGUGCUGCUAGUGCUGUGAAUGAAAAUGGAAAUGAGGAGGAAGAAGUAUUUGCACGCAUUAAUGGUCAAGGUAAUACAGGAACUGGUGUGGUUAAUACGAGCUUGUCUGCAUCGCAGUCAAGUUCCAGCUUGGGGAAUAGCACAACUUUGUAUCCUGCUGCUAUUCAGAGCAGUGAUGGUGAAACAAUGUUUGAAGUUGGACGCUCGAAGACGUAUACACCUACAGCUGAUGAUAUUGGCCACGUACUUAAGUUCGAGUGUGUUGUGGUAGAUGCUGAGACAAAAUCAGCUGUGGCACAUUCAAGUACAAUAAUGACUUCCCGUGUGAUUCCAGCUCCAUCUCCCAGUCCCCGACGCUUGAUUCCGGUUAGUGGCAUUGAUGUGCCAGGGCAUUUUGAUGUGGAUGGUCGUAUAUCAUCUGUGGGAACAUUUACAGUGCUAUCAUACAACAUUUUAUCAGAAGUAUACGCCACAAUUGAAUCAUACAGCUAUUGCCCUCCUUGGGCUCUUUCUUGGGCUUAUCGUAGGCAAAAUCUAUUGAGAGAAAUAGUUGGCUACCGUGCUGACAUUGUUUGUCUUCAAGAGGUUCAAAGUGAUCACUUUGAGGAAUUCUUUGCACCUGAGCUGGACAAACAUGGCUAUCAAGCUCUGUUUAAAAGGAAAACUGCAGAGGUUUAUAAUGGAGAUGUCAACAGUAUUGAUGGUUGUGCUACCUUCUUCCGCCGGGAUAAAUUUUCACAUGUCAAAAAAUAUGAGGUUGAAUUUAACAAAGCCGCACAAUCUCUUACUGAUGCUGUGGUUCCAAGUGCUCAGAAAAAUACUGCCCUAAAUAGAUUGGUAAAGGAUAAUGUUGCGUUAAUUGUUGUUCUAGAGGCCAAAUUCAGCAACCUGGGAGUCGAUAACCCUGGGAAACGCCAGCUUGUUUGUGUGGCAAACACUCAUGUAAAUAUGCAUCAAGAUUUGAAGGAUGUGAAGCUUUGGCAGGUUCACACACUAUUGAAAGGAUUAGAAAAAAUUGCUGCCAGUGCAGACAUCCCAAUGUUGGUGUGUGGGGAUUUCAACUCUGUUCCUGGAAGUGCUCCUCAUUCCCUCCUUGCCAUGGGGAAAGUUGAUCCACUACAUCCAGAUUUAGCACUAGAUCCACUUGGAAUUCUUCGCCCUUAUCCAAAACUAACACAUCAGCUGCCAUUGGUAAGUGCAUACUCAUCAUUUGCAAGAGUUGCAACUGGUCUUGGUCUAGAACAGAGAAGGAGAAUGGAUCCUGCUACGAAUGAGCCCAUGUUUACAAACUGCACUAGAGAUUUCAUUGGUACUCGUGAUUACAUAUUCUACUCAGCUGAUUCCUUAACUCUGGAUUUCGGUGCAAGCCUAGAACUAGACGCUGACAAUAGGUCUCUCCAAAGAAAAAAUUUCAAAAAUGGUUGCUCAGAAUGUCGAAGAGCAAAGAAAGUGAUUUCGAAUGCCACAGCUUGCCCUGAUCUACUACACCUAGCUCCAAACUCACCAGAUGCUCAGGUUUUCAAGCAAUUUGGCAGCAGCCCAAGUGCUGGAGACCUUGGCACAAGUUCAAGCAGCAAGUUAAGCGUGUUUGGACGAGCGACGCUGGGGUCGGUUGCUGGAGUUUUACAGUGGCUAGUGCUAUCAGUUUUUGUCAUGAGCAAUUAG